CGUCCAAUAAGGAGAGGUGUUGUUUCUACGAAGGGCACCGCCUUCUUCGGGCGGUUGCGGCGGCGGGUGGAUUGGAGGCCUUGAGUACAAAUCCCGGCCAAAAUGCCACAGUACCAGACCUGGGAGGAGUUCAGUCGCGCGGCCGAGAAGCUCUACCUCGCGGACCCAAUGAAGGCACGAGUGGUUCUCAAAUAUAGGCAUGCUGAUGGGAAUUUGUGUAUUAAAGUAACAGAUGAUUCAGUUUGUUUGGUGUACAGAACAGAUCAAGCUCAAGAUGUGAAGAAGAUUGAAAAGUUCCACAGUCAGCUGAUGCGACUCAUGGUAGCCAAGGAGGCCCGCAAUGUUACCAUGGAAACAGACUGACAGUUUGAAAAGAUUCUGUUUGUCCUGUUUGCAGGAAGUAAAUAUCUUUUGAAAUUGAGAAAGUAUUGGGACAGAAAAGAAGUGGGCUAUUCAAAAGCCAAGAGAUCAUUUUUUGGAUUUUCUUUUUAAUGUCAAUCUUAGAGCUGUAGGACUAUAAAUGCUUUUCAUUACGGAACCAUUAUUUUUUGGUAAUUGAACAAGAAAUGCAUCUAUCUUAGAAACAUUUUAUAGAGACUUUUUGCAAAAUGUAUAAUUAUUUCUGUGAUAAACAUGCAUCAAUAAUUUUAAAAAUAAAAUACCAGGAAAAGCCAGUUCCUACAUUUAAUUCAUCUGCCUUUAAGAGAAAGUUAAAUGUAAUCAUUUUGGUGGAUUGUUAUAUUUCUUUUGGAGCAUAAAUUUUGCACUGUUAAUAAUCAAUAAAUAUAUAUAGUAACUAGGAUUAAUUGCAAAGUAUUAACUUGAUUUUUUUUUUAAUCAGAAAGUGUGUCUAGUUGCUCGUAGUGUAGUCUCAAUUAUGUCAAAGUUAGUAACAGGUGUCCUUUACCUUAAGCUUUCCCAAUUUAAACUCUUCAGUGACUGACUUUGGAUCUGGCUUUUAGUGAUAAAACAGUAGCAGUCGUCUGAAUGUGCAGGCAGAACGAUGAUUACUGUGGUGGCCUGAACCACCGUGUGACAGAUACUGCUUACGUCUCACCUGUAGUUUCUCAGAAGGACCACAGAGUAUCCAACUGGUAAAUCUUUGUACUUUAUGGUACCCUGUUCAUUUUUCCUUGUAAGUAAGAUGUUAAGGAUGACUAUCACAACUGUGUAUUUAUCCUGUAUCUGUAAUAUGAUUUUACUGUCCAAAGAUAAUUUCACAGGUGAAUUCCUCAGAGUGAAAGGCAGGCACUGCAUUAAAAUAUUUUUGUAAAACAUUUUAGUGUGGAAAGUUACAUUAGCCAUGAAUUUUGACAUGUUUCAGAGAGAUCAGUAAAUAAAAUAAGUACACAAAUA